AUGGAUGAGGCUACAAUCCGUGCUAAUGUAAGACCUUAUUAUAACCCAGAAACUUUCAAUAUUGGAUAUCCUGUAGUGUUUAACCCUGAUAAAGGUGUAUUGGAUCGUAAUGGCAACUCUAUAGCUUCCAAUUUAAAUAUCGUGAAAAACUCUGCAGAGAAUCAACUAUUGUUAAGAAAUUUUAAUAAUUAUAAUGACAAUUCUCAUGGUUCACUGACUUCUAGAGCAAUUAAAUGGUUAUUAACGUCAUUGAAUUUAAAGAACUCAGAUCCCAUUAUGAAUCAAAAUAAUACCACUAAUCAUCUAAGUAAUAAUCUUUCCGUAUCAAAUAUGAAUAUUUUGAACGGUGGUAAUAAUGGUAGUAAUAUUAACAUGAAGAAAAAUUUAUUGGAUUUUGAAUUAGUUGAUUUUUUUAAUAUAAAGAAUUGGAAUAAUAUCUUUAAAUUAAUAAUUAAAAAUUUUUUGAAAAACUAUUUUAUUCAUUUUUUACAACAACCUUUUGAAAUUUCUAAAUUUUAUUUACAAAUAGCCAACUUCAAUGAUACAAUUGUGGAUCAAAAAUAUUUAUAUUCGAAUGCUAAAAUCAAAACUAAUAAUGACCCUAUAGAUAAUCAACCGAUUUUGUUACAGAAUCAAGAUUUCGAUGAAGAUGAUGAUAUAGAUUUUUUCCCUUUGAAUAAUGGUAGCAAUGAUAAUACACAACCUAUAAGUGAUCAAGAGGAUUCGAAUGAUAAUUCAAGAUCUACCCCAAUGGAUCAUUCUUUGAUCCAUUCUAAUAAGAUUAAACCCAAAUCUUUUGGUAUAUUUGAAAUAAUGAAUUCCAUUAUAAUUGAAGAAGGGUUUAAGGGUCUGUGGAAAUCCAUUAAUACAUCAUUUAUUUAUAAUUUUUUAAAUCUUUCAUUAAACACAUGGUUCAUUGGGUUUUUAUUACCAAUUUUUAAUAUUAAUAUUAAUUCUACUGAUUUGUAUUUAAUUACUUCAAACCAUUUAUCAAUUGCAUCUAAUAAUGAUAACAUUAAUUCCACAUCUGUUAAGAAUUAUCUAUUAUUAACAUAUUUAUCCAAUUAUAUGACAAGUUUAAUCCUAUUACCUAUUGAUUUAAUAAGAACCAAAUUUUUAAUUACAUCAUUAAACAUGGUUAAUGCAAACACAGAUGAAAACACCAUCCAAGAAAGAAAUUUUUUCAAUUCAAUAAAGACAUGGUCUUGGAGACAAAAUUUAAAGAUCAUACCUAUAGAUCUUUAUCUAUUAACAUUUUUAAAUUCAUUAACUAAAAAAAAUGUAACAUCAAGCAUAUCCAAUAUUAAUAAUAAUUAUGAUUAUAAUUUUUCAAUUUUCAAUAAAUUAACAUUCAAUUAUCUUUUCCAGGAGAAUCCAUGUAUAAAUAUCUUUGGACAAUCCAUUUCUUUAUUGCAUAACGGGUUAUCCUUUUGUUUAUAUGAAAUUAUGGGUAUUAUGAUCAAUUUACCUAUUGAAACAUUAUUACAUCGUUGCCAAAUUGAUUUCUUAUUAAAUAAUCAAACUCGUAUAAUGAGUAUAGAGGGAGAAGAAAAAUCAAAUGCAUAUAAAGUGACAAGAGAUGAAAUGAUAAUUAAUCCAAUCAAAUAUGAACCAAUAUUGCAAUCAGCCGGUGAUACUACUAAUGAAAAGAAGGGAUUGAAAAUGUAUGAAGAUUCGAGUAUAUUGGAUCUUUGGAAAGGUUGGAAGAUCAAUGUCAUUAGUGUAUUGUGUCAGCACAGUAUUCAUUUUUUAAACCGUCAAACCAAGGCGUUUGAUGAUAUUGAAUUAGAAUUUUAA